CGCUCACUGUGGCCUCAAUUUCUAAGCCUGCCAGGUGCUCUUCCCCCGCCCCUCCCUCCCACACUGCCUCUGUGACCAGGACUGAGCCUCCCGGACUGAGCCUCCGAUCGCCGCGCCAGAUACAAAUCUUUGGCGGAGUGAGGCAAGGUGGACUGGAGAGCAGAGCAGAAGCCUGAGCCAGACCGAGAGCCACCUUCUCUCCCAGGGACAAGCAUGGCCCACAUGAUAACAUGGCUGCUUCUUCUUUUGGUGUGGGUGGCUGCUGGAUGGGCAGCCUGGCCCAGGACUGAGCUUCUCAAUAUCUGCAUGAACGCCAAGCACCACAAGGAAAAGCCAGGCCCUGAGGACAAGCUACAUGAGCAGUGCAGUCCCUGGAGGAAGAAGGCCUGCUGCUCUGUCAACACCAGCUUGGAAGCCCAUAAGGAUAUUUCCUACCUGUACAGAUUCAACUGGGACCACUGUGGCAAGAUGGAGCCCUCUUGCAAGCGCCACUUCAUCCAGGACACCUGUCUCUACGAAUGCUCACCCAAUCUGGGGCCCUGGAUCCAGGAGGUGAACCAGAGUUGGCGCAAAGAGCGGAUCCUGAAUGUGCCCCUGUGCAAAGAGGACUGUGAGACCUGGUGGAAUGACUGCCGCACCUCCUACACCUGCAAGACCAACUGGCAUAAGGGCUGGAACUGGAGCUCAGGGUACAACCAGUGCCCAGUGGAUGCUGUCUGCCACCGCUUUGACUUCUACUUCCCCACACCUGCUGAUCUGUGCAAUGAAAUCUGGAGUCACUCCUACAAAGUGAGCAACUACAGCCGGGGCAGUGGUCGCUGCAUCCAGAUGUGGUUUGACCCUGCCAGUGGCAACCCCAAUGAGGAGGUGGCGAGGUUCUAUGCUGCUAAGGCCAAGAGUGGGGCUGGGUUCCAUGAGGUCUGGCCUCUCCAGCUCGGCCUGGCCCUAAUGCUGCUCUGGCUGCUGAUCUGAGCUCCUUUUAUUUUCUGAUAAUAUGGACAUCCCUGCCCUGUUCAGCCCCACAGCUCCCAGCUGGUCAGUUCCUGUUUCAUGGUGGGGACUCCUACAGUUUGAAUAAACCGGACGUCCCAAGUGUCAUGUAAA